GUUUGUAAAAAUAUAAAAUACAACUUGUUAUAUUAUAUAAUUAUGAAACAGAUGCUAUGAAACUUAUAUAAUUAAGGAGAUAAAGUAUGCUAUUUCUGAAUUUUGGGUCUAUAAAUACCUGUACGUUGGUCCUCCUCCAAUUAUAAAACCAAAAAAAAAAAAACAUAGCCAUUCUUCAUUUCUUGUAUAGUUGUUAAUUAGCUUUUCAUUUGAUCAGAAUUAAUUAAAGGGCAAAUGGCGAAGAUUGCUGUUGGAAGUAGCCGUGAGGCUAUUCAACCCGAUUGCAUCCAAGCCCUCAUUGUUGAGUUCAUUUGUACUUUUCUCUUCGUUUUUGCUGGUGUUGGAUCUGCCAUGGCUGCCAAUAAGCUAAAUGGAGAUCCACUGGUGAGCUUAUUUUUUGUGGCGAUGGCUCAUGCACUGGUGGUGGCUGUUACAAUAUCUGCUGGUUUCAGAAUUUCUGGUGGGCACCUCAACCCUGCUGUUACACUUGGCCUUUGUUUGGGUGGUCAUAUCACUGUCUUUAGGUCAAUCCUCUACUGGAUUGACCAGUUAUUGGCUUCUGUUGCUGCUUGUGCUUUGCUCAACUACAUAACUGGUGGACUGAUUACACCUGUUCACACACUAGCAAAUGGAGUGAGCUAUGGACAAGGGUUAAUUAUGGAGAUGAUUUUAACCUUUUCUUUGUUGUUCACUGUCUAUACUACCCUUGUGGACCCCAAAAAGGGUAUUGUUGAAGGGAUGGGCCCACUUAUUACUGGGCUUGUUGUUGGGGCCAACAUCAUGGCUGGAGGGCCCUUUUCAGGAGCUUCAAUGAACCCUGCAAGGUCAUUUGGGCCAGCUUUUGUUAGUGGAAUUUGGACUGACCACUGGGUUUACUGGAUUGGGCCCUUGAUUGGUGGUGGGUUUGCUGGCUUUAUCUGUGAAACCUUUUUCAUUGUUGGGUCUCAUGUUCCACUUUCAACUCAAGAGGCUUUCUAGCUGUUGUAUCAAAGGGUCUCUCUCUGCCUAUUGUGUAGUCUUGGAGUAGCUUUCCAAGUCUACGAGACUUGUAUUAUUUGUGAUUGUAUUAUUUAUGUUUCUGCUUGUCUUGAGCCGGGGGUCUAUCGGAAACAGUCUUUCUACUUCUCCGGAGGUAGUGGUAUGAACUGCGUACAUCUUAACCCCCAGACCCCAUUAUGUGGGAAUACGCUGGAUUUGUUGCGGUUGUUGUAUUAUCUAUGUUUCCUUAUUAGUAUAACUUUAUAUAAUUGUAUUUAAUAACACUUUCUUUGAAAUUGUGCACCAA